AUGAUGUUCCAGUUUAGCAAGUUUAUUUUGGCUGCCCUCGCAUUCAUCUUUGCUGGUCAAGUUGCGGCAGCACCGAUGCCGAUGCCGUUGCAGCGCUCCCUUGUGGGUCGUAUGGACCCCGUCGAUGCGCUUGUAGUCAAGCGACUGGACAUCAAUACCUUCCCUGAGGCAAGUCCCGCCAUGGUCCCGUCCGGUGUAAUACAGGCAUUCCAUAAUGGCAAGCGGACAACUCCUACCCUUGACAUCAAUACCUUCCCCGAAGCGAGUCCCGCUAUGGCGCCAUCAGGCGUCAUCCAGGCCUUCCACAAUGGCAAAAGAGCAGACCUCGACAUCAAUACCUUCCCCGAGGCGAGUCCUGCCAUGGCGCCCUCCGGGGUUAUUCAGGCCUUCCACAACGGCAAACGACAGAACCUUGAUAUCAACACUUUCCCUGCCCAAAGUGCUGCCAUGGCACCUAGUGGUGUCAUUGAGCCGUUUCAUAACAAGCGUGGUAAUGCCGAUAUCGAUGCAAUCCUGGUUGCUACCCCUAUCAUCACACCAGCGCCGGUUGGAUAUGGCAAACGUGCUGAUCUCGACGUCAAUACGUUCCCGGCGGCCAGUCCUGCCAUGGCACCGUCAGGCGUCAUUGAAGCGUUCCACAAUUAG